UAGCUAGUAAUCAGCCUUCUCGUUGCUAAGGCGAAUCUGGUGGUGUUGCUGCUGCUGCCGCCGCCGCCGCUGCUGCUGCCGCCACUGCCUUCGCUUGAUUGCCUGGACAGCUGACCAUGCACGGUAAAGGGAUGCCCUGAAGCCGUUGAAUUUGAUACAGUGGCGGAACGUAAACAAAAUAAACAACUUUUUAUUAACUGGAGUUUAGGGACCAGCCGCUGACAAAGAAAUUGCUCGACAUGCUUAGAGUUGCGGUGAUGGCAAAGCCAUGCGUUUUAAGGAAAACUUGCAGGUAUUUUCCAAUAGGCGUCGCACUGACAGACUAGCUUUCCUGUCCCUUGCUUAGAAUUAGCCACCCGACUAGUUAGCUAGCUAGGUAAGUCUGCAAUGUCGGCUCUGUUGUGUCUGAGGUGUGUUCAGAAAGGGUUAAAUAGUUUGUCAUAUUCUAGGAAAGGGUUACCUAAGUGUUUUGGUGACAUCUUUAUUAACUUAGUUAUAUAGGCUGUAGCCCUACAAACAAAAUCGUAUGUUAUCAGAUGAGGUUGUAGGGAUCCAUGUGAAAUGAGAAUGUUGACACAUUAAAAUGCUUGGUAUUUGGAUAUGUGCAUUGGAUAAGCAAUCGUAUAUUGUAAAGGCAUUGAGUAAUUGGUGGGAAUGCAUAACGUCAGAUGGACAGUUUUGAGGGAGAACAACUUAAGUGAAUUAAUUGACUCUACAUAGUCACAUAGCUUCAGGUAAUUUUGAUCCUAUGCGAGAAAGUCGGCUAUGUUCAAUUUGCUAGGUAACGGCAGUCAGCUGUCAGUGAAUGUCUUGCUGAGUUUAUUUUGGUCCACUCUAUGUCCAUCCAGUGAGUAACGUUAGAUUAAUCGAAGUGUUAAUUAGCUACCUCUGGCUAAGCGAGUGCGGCACAAAGCUGACAGCUGUUUUGUGUGUAAUAAUUGGACAGCAUUGUGUGCCAUUGGACAGUAGUUCACUUUUUGGAAAAUAAACACAACAAUUGGGAAAGAAGACUAUAUGACCACUGAAUGCCCCUCAACGCCAUUGUCAUACUGGAAAAGUGGCGUAAGAUGAGGAAAUUGGGGAAAGCUGUCAAGUGAUGUCAGCAUUCAAUCAACGCAGUACUGUAAUGUCUUGUGUUUAUGCCUCGGCUGCCAGCGCGCGACAGAGGGAAAUGACGUUCUGUACUGGCACGUCGUCUGGAUGUUAAUGCGACCCGAUUCACGCCAGUUAAUGUUAAGUUACGCAUAUACCCCUGGACUCAAUUUCACAUGUACAAUAUUUCUUUUAUUAAUUUAGCAGCCGCUUUUAUCCAACGCAACUUACAAAAUGAGGAAUAACAUUCAAGCUACAUUGCAAAGGAGUCAAUACUAGGCUACUACUACUAUCACCAUCACAAUAAAUACUAAUACCAGAUACAGAUACUACCAGAGGAUUUCAAAUGAUUUUUCAUCUGAAUGAGUUUUAUUAAAUUUACUCCUGAAACUUCCAAGGAGAAGAUGGAGUGCAAGUCAAGGCAUUUCGGGACAUCUUGGAAGUUGGCUGUAUUUCAUGGAUACGAAGGAUACUUUUUGACAUAUGAAUAGGCUGUUUAUGUAGAGAAUAAGUGAUGACUGUCUAACAUUAAUUUGUCGAGGUUGAUUUUUGAAAUCCCAUCAUCCGAGGCUCACAGACUGCCUUCAAGAGUGCCUCUUAAACAGUUACAACUUGCCAAAACUUUUACACAUGUUUACAUUGGCCCAAUUUUCAUUGCCCCAAUUGGGAGUAGGCCUACUGGAUGUUUUAAUGUAAGGCACAUAAAAGUUACAGGAAUUCCAAGGAAGCAAGCAUGCCUGUAAGGAAACGAGAUACAACUCGAGCCAUAGGGUUGUUGGAAGACUACUGCUCUAGACUAAGAAAGCCAGAAGAGCAACAGCUUAAAACUGCCAUUUUAAGAGUGAUGGACAUCUUCAAAAGUAGUCUUUUUCAAGCACUACUUGAUAUCCAGGAGUUUUAUGAAGCGACGCUGCUGAACUCCCACAAGAGCUGCGAGCAGAAGCUGGAGGAGGUCAACCACAUGGCCGAGAAGUGGGAGAGCCCCAGCCCCGGCUCCCCUACGCCUGUGCUGCACCACGCCCAUCCCACACAGGAGCAGACGGAGUCUAGUAGCACAGACUUAAAUGAGAAAGCAGAGGCCGAGAGCAGCGCAGCCACAGAGAACAGGCCGGCUGCGGUGCAGGGCUCCCAGUCCCCGCCCGUCGGCCCGCCCUCCACAUGUAUGAACCCGGCCCUGAUGAGCGCUCCAUGGUACCGGUACCAGGAUGAAGACUCGCCGCCCCAGGACCACGGCUUCCCCCGGCUGACCAAUGAGGUGCGUGCGCCGGAGCUGGUGCACGUGUCCGAGAAGAACCUGUCGGAGAUCGAGAAUGUGCAUGGCUAUGUGUCCCACUCCCACAUCUCGCCACUCAAGCCUGCACUGGUUACCCGUUAUGAUCUUACAUACCCGGGUGUGACAGCAGCAAACUACCUGGCCAGCCCCGCCCCAAUAAUAGUCAACACGGAGACCCUGGAGUCGGUACCCUACGUGAACGGGACAGAGAUCGAAUAUGAGUUUGAAGAGAUUACAUUAGAGCGGGGAAACUCAGGACUAGGCUUCAGCAUUGCUGGCGGCACAGACAACCCCCACAUCGGAGAUGACCCGGGCAUCUUCAUCACCAAGAUUAUCCCAGGAGGGGCUGCCGCUGAAGACGGCAGACUCAGAGUGAACGACUGCAUCCUGCGGGUGAACGACUCAGACGUGUCGGAGGUGUCCCACAGUAAGGCCGUGGAGGCACUCAAGGUGGCCGGAUCGAUCGUCAGGCUGUACGUCCGCCGCAGGAGACCCAUGCUGGAGACCGUCGUGGAGAUCAAGCUCAUCAAGGGGCCCAAAGGGCUGGGCUUCAGCAUCGCAGGAGGGGUGGGCAACCAGCACAUUCCCGGGGACAACAGCAUCUACGUCACCAAAAUUAUUGACGGCGGAGCGGCGCAGAAGGACGGCAGGCUGCAGGUCGGAGAUCGGUUACUCAUGGUAAACAACUACACUUUGGAAGAAGUGACUCACGAGGAAGCUGUAGCCAUAUUGAAGAAUACGUCUGAUGUAGUCUAUUUGAAGGUGGGCAAGCCUACCAGCGUUUACUUAUCGGAUCCCUAUGGGCCUCCUGAUAUCACACAUUCGUUCUCUCCAGCCAUGGAAAACCAUAUCUCUUCCCCCGGCAACAACGGUACCCUGGAGUACAAGUCCAGUCUGCCGCCCAUCUCCCCAGGAAGGUACUCCCCCAUCCCCAAACACUUGCUCGGGGAAGAGGACAUUAACAGAAAUGCCUCGUUAGAUGAUGGCGAGGGUCACAGGUUUGAGUCCCAGCACUUCCAGUUGAGGCCUCCAGAGCCAGUUUACAGCACUGUGAACAAACUGUGUGAGCGCGCACCUUCUCCCCGCCUCUAUUCCCCCCUGGAGCACCCCACCCCCUUCCCUCAUUUCCACUUAGGUCUGCUCCCCGACUCCGAGAUCACAAGGGAGCCCAGGAAGAUGGUCCUGCACAAGGGCUCCACAGGCCUGGGCUUCAACAUUGUGGGCGGCGAAGACGGCGAGGGCAUCUUCGUCUCCUUCAUCCUGGCGGGCGGGCCGGCCGACCUGAGCGGAGAGCUGCGGCGCGGAGACCAGAUCCUCUCGGUGAACGGCAUCGACCUCCGCGGCGCAACCCAUGAACAGGCCGCAGCGGCACUGAAGGGCGCUGGCCAGACGGUGACCAUCGUCGCCCAGUACCGGCCGGAGGAACUCGCGUCGUGCUCCCCACGCCGGGCCCCGCAUCCAGCACCAGAGUACGGGCGCUUUGAGGCCAAGAUCCAUGACCUGCGCGAGCAGAUGAUGAACCACAGCAUGAGCUCCGGAUCCGGCUCCUUGCGAACCAAUCAGAAGCGGUCGCUUUACGUCAGGGCUUUGUUUGACUAUGAGAAGGCCAAGGAUAGCGGUCUGCCCAGUCAGGGCCUGAGCUUCCGGUACGGGGACAUCCUGCACGUGAUCAACGCCUCGGACGAUGAGUGGUGGCAGGCCAGGAGGGUCACGCCGGACGGAGACAGCGAAGAGAUGGGCGUCAUCCCCAGCAGGAGGAGAGUGGAGAGGAAAGAAAGAGCGCGGCUGAAGACGGUGAAAUUUAACGCCAAACCUGGCAGCAUUGAUUCUAAGGGGUCAUUUAGUGAAAAGCGUAAAAAGAGCUUCAUCUUUUCACGCAAGUUCCCAUUCUACAAGAACAAGGAGCCAGGGGAGCAGGAUGGCAGUGACUCGGAACGGAGUCAAGAGGAUUUGAUUCUUUCUUAUGAGCCUGUCAUGCGGCAAGAAAUUACCUAUGCCCGGCCAGUCAUCAUUCUUGGGCCAAUGAAGGACCGAGUGAACGAUGACCUGAUCUCUGAGUUCCCCGACAAAUUUGGCUCAUGUGUGCCACACACGACACGACCGAAGCGGGAUUACGAGGUGGACGGCCGAGACUAUCACUUUGUGACCUCCCGCGAGCAAAUGGAAAAAGACAUCCAAGAGCACAAGUUCAUUGAAGCGGGGCAAUACAAUGACAAUCUUUAUGGAACCAGUGUACAGUCUGUCAGAUAUGUGGCAGAGCGGGGGAAGCAUUGCAUAUUGGAUGUGUCUGGGAAUGCCAUUAAACGGCUACAAGUAGCACAACUCUACCCAAUUGCCAUCUUUAUAAAGCCCAGGUCCAUAGAAUCAUUAAUGGAGAUGAACAAGAGGCUGACGGAAGAGCAGGCGAGGAAGACGUAUGACCGCGCCAUGAAGCUGGAGCAGGAGUUUGGCGAGUUUUUCACAGCUCUUGUUCAAGGAGAGACCUUAGAGGACAUUUAUACCCAGUGCAAAAUGGUGAUCGAGGAGCAGUCUGGACCUUAUAUCUGGAUUCCCUCAAAAGAAAAACUUUAAGGAACAGAGAACCAUGGCAGGGAUUAUGGACUGCAAAAAAAGUAGAAAUAAUUUGUAAUAUAUGAUAAAUUAUUGCGGCGAUUGGUAAUUGUUAAUGAUAGUGAAUAAUAAUAACUUUUUUUGUUACGUUGUUUCUUUGUUUUUUGUUUUUCACUUUCAAUAUGAAUGUUCCUGAAUGUACACCACAAAGUGUUAGAAACAUGGCCUCGAAAACAGACUGUUUGUAUACUUAUUCAUUAGCAUUUUUAUUUGAGCAAGGCAAGUUCAACGCAGUCAGCAGUUGGAAUAGGUUCAUUCAAACAGCAGGAAUGAUCUCAAGCAAGAGGGACAGAGAGCAGAGAUGGAAUGAUCCGGAUAAUCUCACCAACACGUGGGCGAGAAUAGACCCAGUCUGUUCUCACCCUUCCUCUCCAGCUACCAAACCUCAAGAAGCCUGAAGAGUUUCCAUGUCGCAUUAGUGGUUGACACAUUUCUGAUGAAUUUCGCAUCUAUGCACUCACAUGGCCCAUGGACAAUUUAUGUUUGAACCCUUCCUCCUGUCACAAGUCACUAUUUUUUUUAUUUAAUUUAAUUCAUUACAUUGUCAGAUUUUAUUUUGAAGAUGUUCCUUGGGAGAUUUCUAGUUUGAAAUUGUACAUUUGACAAAUUGUGUUUUAAAAAGAUGCUUUAAAAGUAUACAAAGGGAAACAGCUAGAAAUAGUAAAUAUGACACUAUAUUUAUAUUUUGUAUUGAUAGAGGGCACAACAGCACAGGAAAAAUAUUUAUAAUGAAGAUAUAUAACUUUGUUUAAAAAGAAACUUAAAAUGUAUUUUACUUGUACGAUGUAGUGGUGUUAUUGUGUAGAUGUAGUAAUUGAUGGGGAUGCUCUGUGAUGCUACAUAAAUACUUAGUGGUCCCUCGUCCACUGUGGACCAGGGGGGGAAGUUGCUGUGUAACGCCGCACUGUGGUGACCAACACGUUUCCGCCGAAAUCCAGAGCUGUACAGAGCAAGUCUCCUGCCCUCCUCGCCUGUAAGAGCUUUGUUGGAGGCAGGGAGGACUGGCCCAUGUGCUGUGUGUCCCCAUACUGAAGGGUCCGCAGAGAGAGGGGGGGGGGGGGGGGACAGGCAGGGGGAGGCGCUACCAACACACCCCAGCUUCCCUGAAGCAUACUGAAAGUGUUUACAUGAAGUCCUGUUUACCUCACUUAGCACGCACUGAAGAGACAGACAACCGUUAGGGGCUCCACAUUAGGGUGCCCUGUGUGUCUAGCCGUUCCAGUUAGUGUACAGAAAAUCCUUGAGUGACUUGCGCAGUCAGACUGAUCGUUUUUUUUUGUUUGUUUGUGGCAAAUAUUUUUCUGUGCACACACAUGGCAGUGCGCACAUGUAUUUAUUUAAUGCUUUAUGUAUAUAGUUGAAAAUGUACAUGAAUUUGCUUGUGUUUUCCUAUUAUAGCCCUUGCCAUGCUUGGCUGCCAUUGGUAGUGGAUACCAAACCACAGAUGCCAAAAGCAAUUGACUAGAAUAUGUGGAGGACUUAUCUCUGUUUUUUGCAAUACUAGCGUGGCUUCUAAAGCCUGGCAUCAUCCUAUGGCAAGGGACUUUUGACGUAUUGGUCACCACUUGCCUUAAAAAGGGGAGGGGUACCCAACAUGUCGGUACUCUCUGUGAGUGUGUGACAUCGUUGUAACCUGGUGAUUAUUCAGAUGGAUGACUUCUAAAUGGUACUGUAUGAGGGAGCCAAGGUGUGGGGGGGGGGUUGAAGUGUUUGAAACAGAGGGAUACUUUUCAACUGUUUUGUUUUCCUGGCAAUAGGAAAAUCUGGUAGCCAUCUAAUAAUCCACUUCUACAGACAAAAGAAUUAUGCCAUGGCACUUUUCUUCCACAAAGAAAACUUCUCUAAAUUAUUACUAUUAUUUGUAGCAUAUCAAUCCUUCACAUCAGUUAUCAAAGUGUACAGUAUAUAUUUUAGGCAGAGGAGGAAUUAUAUGUCAUUUUAUCCCCUUAUAGUCUUUUCAUAUACCUGUCAUCUGGGUAGAUAUAAAAUGGUUGUUAUUCCUCUGUUGAAUGCAGUGGCCUGUGUUCUAGUAAGCAGCCAGUUGAAGCGUUAAUGAUGUGGUAGGAAGGGUGCCCAUAUGCACAUAUGUUUAGUGCUGAACAGUGGAGUGGUGCUCAGCAUCUAGUGCUCUGUAAGCGAGAACUGAAUCCUUUCAGCACUGUAGCAGCAGCUGGAAAUUAAUGAAUGGUUUUUAUUUUUCUCAGGGUUGCCAGAUAGGGCUUUGCCAGAUAGGGUGUUCACACCACUCAAAUUUCAAACUUUAUGAUUUAUGCUUACACUGCAGCUAUCAGAACAGCCUUUUAAAAGGUGUGUUAUUUUUCCUUCAAUUUUAACAUUUAAAAAUAGUCAGCCCUCUUCUCUGUUGGUUUGCUAGAUGGUAUACUAUGGCAGGAGGUUGAACUUUGCUCUUCAUAGAACAUUGUUUUAAGGUCUGCAACUUCAAUUCUUCACAGUCCAAAAAAUGCUAUUGUAUUCAAGAGGUUCAUCUCAAGUUUUGUUUGUUGAAUCUUCAUCGAUGGUGUGCUGUGUUGUACGUACAGUGAAAUAUCGGUUGGCACUCCAUUGACACAUUUUUGUUUUUCUACAAAUACUGUCUAUGAAUCACAUCUACUUAAAUGAUGUCUUACUACAGUGUGGUAGCUCGUCUAAUUUCUGUUGGUCAGUGCUCCCAAAGUCUUAAAGAGGUCAUGUCAGCACUUUAUGGAGUCAGCUACUCAUCUGAAGAUGUCCUGAACUAUUUGGAUUUUGACACUGCAGUUAUCACAGCUGUAAUUUCACUUGAAGUAUGAGGUUUAGUGUACACAACAUUUGCCCAAAUUGAAUUAGCCCUUUCAUUGAGUAUACGAGUAUUAUUUCCAUUGAUUUGAUUGGUAUAGAAAUGCCAUAAGCACACUUAACACAAAUGGGACUAUAUAGUUACCAACACUUAUCUGUAACAGAAUAAUUGUUUUAUUUCUGUCUUUGUUUGCUUUUUUAUUUUCUAAAAAAAUGAAGAAAAAAGAAAAUGAAAUGUGUCCUUUGCAUCAUGUUAAAGUAUAUACUCCCAAUUGCUUUGAAGAAUCACUUUAAAUACAUUGCUUUAGGUAUACAUGAGGAAGCUCUAUUCAGCAUCCGUCUUGAAAAACAAUGUAAAUUAAAGGUUUGGUGAGACUUUUAAAUGAAAAUGGUCUCUUUUAUUCCCC